GGAAGGUGGUUGUUAGCUCAGGUUGGGGCUUGUUGACCUUGGGCAUCUGACACAGCCGGUGGCUCACACUUGGACUCUAAAAGUCCAGCAUCUAAGAUGUAAAGAGGCAGAGGAACUGGCCUCCCCACCCCCUCCCCCAAAGAGGAAAGGGAGCUCUGGACGCUGAGCGCUCCCAGGCAUUAACAAGCUCACCAUCCUGGAGGACCACAUACUUGUACUUGGCUAAGUAACAGGCUCCUCUACUCACACCAAAGGACUACCGAGAGGUAGCCUGCUCUAGCCGUUCAGGGAAGACUGGUUUCUGCUGAGUGUCGGGGAGUGUUCCUGCCUAUCCAUACGGCUGAUCCCCAAGAAAGGUUUGGGGGCUCCUACUGGACGAGCCAUGAAGAAUCGGUUUCUGGUGCUGGGCCUGGUGGCUGUGGUUCUGGUAUUUGUCAUCAUCGGCCUCUGCAUCUGGUUGCCCUACACCUCUAGGAAGCCCGACCAUGUGUACUCCAGGGCGGCCGUGGCCACAGAUGCAAAGCGCUGCUCAGAGAUUGGACGGGACAUCCUACAGGAAGGUGGCUCCGUAGUGGAUGCAGCCAUUGCAAGCCUGCUGUGUAUGGGGCUCAUGAAUGCCCACAGUAUGGGCAUCGGGGGCGGCCUGUUCUUCACCAUCUACAACAGCACCACAAAAAAGGCUGAGAUUAUUAAUGCCCGUGAGGUGGCUCCCAGGUUGGCCAAUACCAGCAUGUUCAAUAACUCUAAGGACUCUGAAGAAGGUGGCCUUUCGGUGGCCGUUCCUGGUGAAAUCCGCGGUUAUGAGCUGGCACAUCAACGACAUGGCCGGCUCCCCUGGGCUCGCCUCUUCCAACCGAGCAUCCAGCUGGCUCGCCACGGCUUCCCUGUGGGCAAGGGUUUGGCAAUGGCCCUGGACAAAAAACGGGACAUCAUUGAGAAGACCCCUGCCUUGUGCGAGGUGUUCUGCCGGCAAGGGAAGGUGCUUCAAGCGGGAGAGACGGUGACUAUGCCGAAGCUGGCUGAUACGUUACAGAUAUUGGCCCAGGAAGGUGCCAAGGCCUUCUACAAUGGGAGCCUCACGGCCCAGAUUGUGAAAGACAUCCAGGAGGCUGGGGGCAUCAUGACAGUUGAGGACCUGAACAACUACCGUGCAGAGCUGAUUGAGCAUCCGAUGAGCAUCAGCCUCGGGGACUCCACCCUGUACGUGCCCAGCGUCCCACUCAGCGGGCCCGUGCUGAUUCUCAUCUUGAACAUCCUCAAAGGAUUCAACUUCUCUCCGGAGAGCGUGGCAACCCCAGAACAGAAGGCACUGACGUAUCACCGUAUCGUGGAGGCCUUUCGGUUUGCCUAUGCCAAGAGGACCAUGCUUGGUGACCCCAAGUUUGUCGAUGUGUCUCAGGUGAUCCGCAACAUGACCUCUGAAUCCUACGCUACUCAGCUCCGAGCCCGCAUCACUGAUGAGACCACCCACCCAACCGCCUACUAUGAGCCCGAAUUCUACCUUCCAGAUGAUGGGGGCACUGCUCACCUGUCUGUGGUUUCGGAGGAUGGCAGUGCUGUGGCCGCCACCAGUACCAUCAACCUCUACUUUGGCUCCAAGAUCCUUUCUCGGGUCAGUGGCAUCCUGUUUAACGAUGAGAUGGAUGACUUCAGCUCACCCAACUUCAUCAACCAGUUCGGGGUAGCCCCCUCACCAGCCAAUUUCAUCAAGCCAGGUAAACAGCCGCUUUCAUCCAUGUGCCCCUCAGUCAUCGUGGAUAAGGACGGCAAGGUUCAGAUGGUGGUUGGAGCUUCGGGAGGGACCCAGAUCACCACAUCCACUGCAUUGGCCAUCAUCAACAGCCUGUGGUUCGGAUAUGAUGUGAAGAGAGCCGUGGAGGAACCCCGGCUGCACAACCAGCUUUUGCCCAAUACCACAACCGUAGAGAAAGACAUUGAUCAGGUGGUGACUGCAGGCCUGAAGACUCGGCACCACCAUACAGAGGUCACGUCCACCUUCAUCGCUGUGGUUCAGGCUGUGGUUCGAACCUCAGGCGGUUGGGCAGCUGCCUCAGACUCCAGAAAAGGCGGGGAGCCCGCUGGCUACUGAGUGCCCAGAAGGGGCAAGACUGACCUGCAGCCAAGGGACGGAGAGAGUGGGAACAGGAACAAGAGUGGGACUCUGGAAGAACGUGCCGCCCCUGGGUGGGACAGAGAAGCAUAAUAAAUGGAGACCACCGCCAAGCUGCGAGA